UUUUAUAGGGAGUUCAAAAGUGACUUCGUAGAGCUGCUCCGAAGACGUUUUGGGACUAAGCGAGUUCACAAUAACAUUGUGUAUAAUGAGUACAUCAGUCAUCGGGAGCACGUUCACAUGAACUCUACUCAGUGGGAGACUCUCACCGACUUCACCAAAUGGCUUGGGAGAGAAGGUUAUUGCAAAGUGGAUGAGACGCCUAAGGGCUGGUACGUCCAGUACAUUGAUCGUGAUCCGGAGACGAUCCGCAGACAGGAAGAGCUAGAGAGGAAGAAGAAACAGGAUAUGGAUGAUGAAGAGCGCAGCGCCAAAUUCAUCGAAGAACAAGUUCGCCGCGGCCAAGAGGGCAAGGAGCCAGAGGAAGAACCAGUGUUCACCGAACUGAAGCGAAUGAAUGAAGAUGAGAAAGUAGCUUUUAAUUUGGACAUUGCUUUAGCAGGACCGUCUAAAACAAGCACCACUUUGGGUCCUAGUGCCCUUAAAGCUGCAGCCUCUGCGAAAAGGAAAGAGUCUUCCCACAUCAGAGACUCGAAGGACAAGAAAAAGAAAUCGGCUCUGGAUGAGAUAAUAGAGAUGGAGGAACAGAAGAAGAAAUCUGUAAGAUCGGAUAACUGGAUACAAGCAAACAUCGUAGUGAAAGUGAUAACUAAGAAACUGGGAGAGAAGUAUUACAAGAAGAAAGCAGUCAUUCGGGAAGUGCAGGAUAAAUACACGGCUGUGGUGAAGAUAAUCGACUCUGGAGACAAACUCAAACUGGACCAGAGUCAUUUGGAGACGGUCAUUCCAGCUCCUGGUAAGCGCGUUUUGAUUGUGAACGGUCAAUAUAAAAACACAGAGGCUAUCCUGGAAGGCAUAAAUGAGCACAAAUUCUCUGCUACACUCACGUUAGACUCGGGUCGGAUGAAAGGAAAGACAGUGGAGGGGAUUGCAUAUGAGGACUUCUCCAAAUUGGCCUGAUGUUCUUUCCUCUUCUCUACGGCGCCUCUGCUGUGUCAGAGUGCAUAAUAAAGACUCUUAAAUGACCUGAUUUACAUAUUGGAACAAAAUGACCAAUGGUUUUUAUUGUGUUUUUUUUCCCCCAUUGUCAUUGAAAACGGUUGCAUAUGAUUAAAAUAUUUAAUUAAUCAAAUUUUCGAUUAAAUGUCUCACUGCAGACGCUCAAGUCAGAAGUCUUACAAUACAUUAGUUUUUGAUUGGCUUUAAUUAUUAAGUAAUUUCAGUUCAGUUGGUUGAUGUGCAUCACUGUUUUCCUAUGUUUUGUAUAUAUUUUCUUGUAGAAUAAAAAAACUUUUUUUUAAAUGGCAAAAUGGCAUGUUUUGGUUUUCUUUGCUUCUUAUUGCUUGUAUAAAAUAACAGAUUUCUACCAAUCUCUUAGCAAGUGUCCUAAGC